AAAUUUGAGAAACAGAAAUGAGUGAUGACUCGGAUCUUGAUGACGUUGCUCAUCAGAAGCUUCUGCAAUCAAUUCACACACCUGGAACUGUAAAGAAAAAUCGUCUGAAGAAAGCAUCAAAAACAAAAACCGACGCAACUUCUCUUCUAUCUCAUCUUACAGUUUCAAGACCUUCAACCAACAAAGCCAAGCAAAGUCUCGGAAUUGGUGGCCUAGAGUCGACAGAAAAAACAGGAAAGAAGCGAAAAUCGGAAGCAACAGCAGAUGAAACAACUACGAAAAAGAAGCUGAAAAGCAAAACAUUAAUUCCUCUAAAAGAUGUUGAAGCUCGAAAGGAGAUUGAAGGAAAAAUUGCGUUCACUGAUUUGAAAAAAGAAGUGACACAAAAUUGGACAGAGCUCGUUCAAAGCAACCGCGUCAGUGAUCAAUUGAUCUUCCCUCUCACAAAACCGGAUGGAAUUAUGUGGGGUGACGAGAAAACCGAGCCCGUACUGACCGAAAAGGAGAUGGAAUUGAUGAAGGCUACAGAUAUUAAAAUGGCAAAAGAUCGUCUUUCACAAAUGCAACGAAUGCGUGCUAUUGUUGGAAUCCAAGAGGCCAAGAAUCGAUAUAUGAAGAAAAUCAAAUCGAAAGGAUAUCAUCGAAUUCUAAAAAGAGAAAAACGAAAACAACUUUUAAAAGAGUUUGAUGAUUUGGUUGCUCGUGAUCCAUCCGCUGCUCAUGAAAAACUUGCCGAAAUGGAUUUACAGCGAAUCAUGGAAAGAGGAAGUUUGAAGCAUCGCGGACAGAAUCAGAAAUUCAAACAGAUGCUGGAAAAACAUGCUAGCCGAAAUCCAGAGGUCAAAAAAUUGCUCGAUGAGCAUUUGAGAAUGGGAAGAGAAUUAAAAGCAAAAGUCGCAACUACCGCUGAAGAUUCUGAUGGUGAAGCUCCAACUUCAACGGAAGAUCCACAAAAUAAAAAGAAGAGUAUUCAUGAGUUAAUCAAGGAUGCCGCCCAAGAAGCGGAGAAAGAAUCCAGAAAACAAGUUGGCACGGCUCUAGUUGAUACUUUCCUCGAAGACUCCGAUGCUCAAAAAGUGACACUUGCUCAGAUGCGAGCCAAGAAACGACAAGAAGCUGCUAUAACUCGAAGUAUUUCAGCGAAUACUGGUGCAUCACGUGAAAAUCCUCUAUUCGACGUCGAUGACACUUGGCAAGAGAAAGAAGAUGCGAAAAAGGCAAAGCAGAAGAAAAAGAAGCUACUAAAAGCGAAGGAGUCAGCGAGAAAAGGAACAAUUGGAAAAGUAUCAUAUGUUGAUAAGAAUUAUGAUCCGAAGAUGGAGGCUAAACGUGCAGAAACUUUUGAUGAAAAAGUGGAAAAGGCAGUGGAUUCAGCUGGAGUGCAUGCCGCUGAAAAACGACAAAAGGAAAUUGAAAUCGAUCCGAGCAAAUUUCUAGAGCUCAACACAAACGACUUGACACAAGUUUCGUCGGAUUUUGUUGAGAAAAUGGAUCAGUUUGAUGAAGAAGCCGCUCAAGUUAUCAAUGAAGCUUUCAAGGAUGAUGACGUCAUUGGAGAUUUUGAAGAUAUGAAAGAAGGAGUGAAAGAAAAGGAAAAAGUUAAAGAUGUAGAUCUCAAUUUGGCCGGAUGGGGCUCAUGGGUUGGACCAGGAAUGACUGAGAAGAAGCGACGCCAAAACUUUGUGAUUAAAGCAAAAGAGAAGAGAAGAAGGGACGGAGAGAGAAACGGAGUAAUUAUUGCUGAAAAUAUGACGGCUAAGGAUGGUAUCGGAAAGAUCCAGCCACGUUCUCUACCAUUCCCCUACUCCCGAGUUGAAGACUAUGAGGCUGUGCUAAAACAACCGUUGGGUCUUGAAUGGAAUAUGGAGAAGAUGCGAGAUGAGUUGUGCAAACCUGCGGUUGUUGUUGAGGCUGGAAGAGCUAUUCGUCCAAUCAACAAGAAGCAUCUACUCGGAGAAUAAUUGGAAGAAUUGUUAAUUUUUUGUUGAUUUUUUAAAAAAACUUUAUUGUUGGUUUUCUCUCUUUGAAGUGUCACCUGAAAUGUUCGUUGUUGUUAAUUUUAUAUGUUUUCUUUACGGUGAAAGUUUAAUUGAGACCAUUUUCUCAUUAUUUUCUCAAUUUUACAUUUCCUGUAAUUCUUUAAAUGAAAAACAAAUUUU